UGAGUCGAUUCGCUAAAAUUUGACCUUCCUCAUUGCAAAUUGUGAGUAUAUAAACUAGAUCACGGGGUGUCACAUUUAUCAUUCGCAUUUGUGAUACAUACAAACAUGUUCUCCAAAAUCGUAGCCCUUUGCGCCUUCGCGGCUGUAGCCCAGGCCGGUCUCCUGGUUGAGCCGCACUACUCCUCGGCCGCCGCUGUCUCCUCGCAGAGCAUCGUGCGCCACGACCAGCCCCAGCUUGCCCACAAGCUGGUGGCUGCUCCCGUCGCCUACCACGCCGCUCCCUCUCACGUUGAAUACCACGCCGCUCCUGCUCACGUCGCCUACCACGCUGCCCCCGCCCCCGUCACCUACCACGCCGCCCCUGCUCCCGUCACCUACCACGCCGCUCCCGCUCCUGUUGCGUACCACGCCGCUCCUCCGCACUACUCCUCGGCCGCCGCAGUCUCCUCGCAGAGCAUCGUGCGCCACGACCAGCCCCAGCUGGCCCACAAGCUGGUGGCUGCCCCCGUCGCCUACCACGCCGCCCCCGCUCACGUUGAAUACCACGCCGCUCCCGCUCACGUCGCCUACCACGCUGCCCCCGCCCCCGUCACGUACCACGCCGCCCCUGCUGCCGUUGCCUACCACGCCGCUCCCGCUCCUGUUGCGUACCACACCGCUCCUGCUGCUGUCCACUACAGUGCUCCCAUCGCUCACGAAGAAAUUGCCCACCCCCAAUACGAGUACUCUUACUCCGUUGCUGACGGACACUCCGGCGACAACAAGUCCCAGCAGGAGACCCGCGACGGAGAUGUUGUGAAGGGCUCUUACUCCCUCAAGGAGGCUGACGGCUCCAUCCGCACCGUGGAGUACACCGCUGACGACCACAAUGGCUUCAACGCGGUGGUGCACAACACCGCCCCCACCCACGCCCCCGUCGUGGUCAAGGCCGCUCCCGUCGUCUACUCCGCUCCCACUUACUACCAUCAUCACGGGGUGUCACAUUUAUCAUUCACAUUUGUGAUACAUACAAACAUGUUCUCCAAAAUAGUAGCCCUUUGCGCCUUCGCGGCUGUAGCCCAGGCCGGUCUCCUGGUUGAGCCGCACUACUCCUCGGCUGCCGCCGUCUCCUCGCAGAGCAUCGUGCGCCACGACCAGCCCCAGCUGGCCCACAAGCUGGAGGCUGCUCCCGUUGCCUACCACGCCGCUCCCGCUAACGUUGAAUACCACGCCGCUCCCACUCACGUUGAAUACCACGCCGCUCCAGCUCACGUCGCCUACCACGCUGCUCCCGCCCCCGUCACCUACCACGCCGCUCCCGCUCCUGUUGCGUACCACGCCGCUCCUGCUGAUGUCCACUACACCGCUCCCAUCGCUCACGAAGAAAUUGCCCACCCCAAAUACGAGUACACUUACUCCGUGGCUGACGACCACACCGGCGACAACAAGUCCCAGCAGGAGACCCGCGACGGAGAUGUCGUGAAGGGCUCUUACUCUUUCCACGAGGCUGACGGCUCCAUCCGCACCGUGGAGUACACCGCUGACGACCACAACGGCUUCAACGCGGUGGUGCACAACACCGCCCCCACGCACGCCCCCGUCGUGGUCAAGGCCGCUCCCGUCGUCUACUCCGCUCCCACUUACUACCAUCACUAAACAAU